GAAAGGAAAAGGAAAAUUAAAAAUUGGCGAGCCUCGUUUGCUUUGCAGGCAGGGGGACUUCAAUAAAAAUACAAAUAUACCUAAUGCCUAGUACCUCCAAUUCUAGGAGAGGAAUAACGUCGCACAAGUUCCAUAUCAAACAACUGAAUUCAAAAUCCCCUUGCAUCCUCAGCCAUGUUUUCACGACCUGCUGUUAGAGCUUCAAGGCUUUACUGCCGCUGCUAUGCAACCUCUGCCAGUACUCCUCCGCCUAUGCUCUUGAAGAUCAGGUCAGUACUCAAUGCACAUCGUCAAUCAAUCUUUUCCCUCGUGUAAUGAUACUGAUAUUUGCCUGGUAAUAGGAAUGAUAUGAAGACUGCCAUGAAAAAUAAAGAUACCAAUCGACUUUCCGUCCUUCGAUCACUCCUCAGCCAAACACUCAAUGCCUCCAAAACAUCCUCACCUAUUAAUACCGAUAUGCAAAUGUUAGCUCUUCUCCGGAAAUCUGCGAAUGCAAGUCGAGCUGCAAGUGAAGAAUUCAAAGCAGCAGGCAGAGAAGAUUUGGUUGAGAAGGAGGAACAACAAUUGAAGGUCUUGGAAGAAUAUGCCGGUGGUGUGAAGACAGUUGGUGAAGAUGAGAUCAGAAAUACAGUCAAGGAACUUGUGAAUAGCAUGAAGGCUGAGGGUGUAAAGAUGCAGAUGGGAGAUGUAUUGAAAAGAGUCUUCGCCCCUGAAGUCUUGGGAGAAAAGAAUGUAGAGAAGGGAGAGGUUGCAAAAAUAGUGAAGGAGGUUAUGGCCGAAUCAUAAGGAUGUGAUGUCUGUCGAUUGUAAUUUUUAUAAAGAUUAUUGAAAAAAGGUAUGCAAGUACUUAAACCCUUGUCAUCAAGAACCAAUUCAACUCAAUCACCGUUGAACUCUUUGACCUUACUCAGUAUUUGUACAGAGGAUUCAAUUCAAUCAACCUCCUUUGUUGUAUUGGUAUU